AUGAAGCCUCACCGGAUGCGCAUUACUCACGAGCUGGCUACUGCCUAUGGCAUGUUGGAUAAGAUGCACGUCUUGAGACCAAAACGCGCCACUCCAGAGGCCAUGACUGCCUUUCAUACAGACGAAUACGUCCAAUUCCUGCAUAGCGUCACUCCAGAGACAGCAGACAAACUCACCGGCCAAAAGACAAGAUUCCUCGUAGGAGAUGACAAUCCUGCAUUCGAAGGUGUCUUUGAGUUUUGUUCGAUUUCAGCGGGGGGUUCGAUCGGUGCGGCAGAACGAAUAGCCUCGGGGGCAGCGGACAUUGCGAUCAACUGGGCAGGCGGCCUGCAUCAUGCCAAAAAGCGCGAAGCCGCCGGCUUCUGCUACAUCAACGAUAUUGUUCUUGGCAUUCUCGAGCUAUUGCGCACGUAUCCUCGGGUACUGUACAUCGACAUUGACUGUCAUCACGGUGAUGGGGUCGAAGAAGCCUUCUAUACAACGGACCGCGUUAUGACGUGCAGCUUCCACAAGUUCGGAGAGUUCUUCCCUGGUACGGGUACGCAGGAAGAUACGGGCACCGGAAAGGGAAAAGGAUACUCCGUCAAUGUGCCAUUAAAAGAUGGAAUUCAGGAUGAGUCGUUUAAGAGUGUGUUUGACCCUGUCAUUUCAAAAAUCCUGGAAGUUUUCCAACCAUCUGCCGUCGUACUACAAUGCGGGGCGGAUUCGUUGGCAGGCGAUAAACUUGGAUGCCUGAACCUCACCAUGCAGGGACACGCCCAUUGUGUUCAGUUUCUUCGAAAAUCCAAUAUACCCCUGAUAUUACUCGGUGGAGGCGGAUACACAGUGAAGAAUGUAGCACGAGCGUGGACGUAUGAGACCGCAUGCGCAAUUGGCAUUGAAAACGAAAUUGACUUAAAUAUGCCAUGGAGUCAAUAUUUCGAAUGGUUCGGACCAACAUAUAGACUUGAAGUCCCGGAAAACAACAUGGAGGAUAUGAAUGUGAAGGAAGGAACUUUGGAUCAUGUUAGAACUACUGCUCUUGCCCAACUGCAGCAGCUUGCUUCGCGCUGUGCGCCCUCUGUUCAAAUGCAGGAUGUUCCUAGAACGAGCUUGGGAGGUCAUCUUGGUUUUAAAAGAGACAAAAGGGAACACAGGGAUGAACUCGACGAGCGACUUGCACAACACACACGAUAUCUUUACGACCUUCAAGAAUCAGAGUCAGAGUCGGAAGAUACAGAAUCUUCUGAUAGCGAUGCCAGCUCUGUUUCCUUUGUUAACAACUGGAGACGUGCUCCACACCGUGCUAACUCUCUGCCUCGCAUACUGAGUGGACGGCAUUCAAGCAACCCGCCUGGACAUAUAUCGGCCUCCGAAAGACGGCGGAUGAGUAUUGUCACUGGAAAGUACUUCGACAUCCCAAUACACGAAAGCGGAUACAACCACUACGAAUAUGGCGCGGCUCCUACAAAAUCAUCGAAACGAAUCUUCUUCCAAAGUGGACUCGACAUUUACAACGACGAUAAUGAUUUUGAGGGUAUCAUAAAUGCCAGGACCUCCGUUUCAAAUGGGUUUGGGAAUGGUAUUCACGACCUUCAUGGACUUAUGGAAAGAGGUGGACGUAGUCUUAAUGAAAAUUUGGAAGAUGGUGAUGACGAGGUAGAGGGCGAAGAAUACGAGGAUGAUGCCGCAAUGUCAGACUCAUGA